AGAYGGACUCAUUCCAGACUCUCUCCACCUGGAAAAUGGAGCUCCUGGGAGCAACAGGUGCUGUCCUACUGGUGUGCAUUAUUUGCCUGCUCUCCUUCACAGCAUGGAGAAGCAGGUUUGGGAAGGGGAAGAUGCCUCCUGGACCAGUUCCCCUUCCCAUUCUAGGGAAUAUGCUGCAGGUGAAAYCMAAGAACUUGGCCAAAACYCUUGAUCAGCUCAGCAAAAAGUACGGGUCCGUGUUCACCGUGCACCUGGGYUCCGAGCCCGUGGUGGUGCUGCAUGGACACGAUGUGGUGAAAGAAGCCUUGAUUGACCGUGCGGACGAGUUUGCUCUCAGAGGAACCAUGCCCAUCGGGGACAGGGCUAACAAGGGACUAGGCAUCMUUUUCAGCAACAACGAGGAAUGGCUACAAGUUCGCCGAUUUGCUCUCACCACACUGCGCAACUUUGGGAUGGGAAAGAGGAGCAUCGAGGAGAGGAUCCAAGAGGAAGCCGAGUACUUGCUGGAAGAGAUCACCAAAACAAACAGGAUGCCAUUUGACCCAACCUCCAUACUGAGCUGUGCUGUCUCCAAUGUCAUUUGCUCCAUCGUCUUUGGGAACCGAUAUGACUAUAAAGACAAGAAGUUUCUGGCCCUGAUGRAAAACAUGAACAACAUCUUUGAGCUGUCGAACACUCCCUGGGGAUUGAUCUACCAGAUGUUCCCAAAGAUGUUGGAUUACAUGCCCGGUCCUCACAACAGAUUAUUCACAGAAAUUGAUCUUCUAAAAGCCUUUGCGGCAGAGGAGAUUAAGGCGCACCAAGCUUCCAUAGAUCCCAGCUCCCCUCGGGAUUUCAUUGACUGUUUCCUCAACAAAAUGCAGGAGGAGAAGCACAAUCCCAACUCCCAUUUCCACUUGAAGAACUUGGUAACCAGUACGUUUGACUUGUUCAUUGGUGGAACGGAGACAACUAGCACCACCAUAAGAUAUGGACUUCUGCUGCUUCUCAAACACCCAAAAGUACAAGGUACCACCACUUGGCCCAAAAGRUCAAGAGCUGGGAGAGCAUAUAUGGGAAGAAACAGAGAGGGAAUAAUGAAGAAGAGCAGUCAGAACAACUGUCCUUCCAGAGAGAUCAAGCAGGCCGUCCCUAAACCUGCCCCAGGAGGAGCUUUAAGUGAAAUAUUGGAAGYACCACCASCAAUGUGCAGGAAAUUUCAUCCUUCACUUGGCAGGCAAUCAUGUUACAAGGUGGAACUCACCUCUGCUUUGUGUUCUGUUCUUCUUGCGUUACUGCAGGGGACAACAAUCUACCCGCUUCUYAGUUCUGUMCUCCAUGACAGUAAGGAGUUUGCAAACCCAGAAGAAUUUGACCCCRGACAUUUCUUGAAAGCAAACGGCACCUUUAAGAAGAGUGACUUCUUCAUGCCGUUCUCUGCAGGGAAGCGAAUAUGUCCUGGAGAGGGCCUGGCACGCAUGGAGAUCUUCUUAGUCCUAGCCACAAUCCUGCAGAGCUUUACCUUGAAGCCUGUUGUUGAUCCCAAGGAACUCAGCAUAACUCCAACAUUGAGUGGAACAGCAAACAUACCUCCCGUUUACCAGCUUUGUGCCAUCCCUCGCUGAAAGACUCACAACUUCUCUCCACUGUGUCCUGAGCUUGGCUUUUCCCCUUAUAUCUUCCUUACUAAGUCAUUGCUCAGUUACAUCAAUUGCCGAAACAAUUAACUGUUUUGUUCAAGAAUGCAAUGUGCAUGGCUGGCCAUGACCUGCUUCUCCUGCAGUAUGUAUCUAAUGAAGAGCA